GGAGAGUCUGAAAGGACAAGAGACUGAAAGUCCAGCAUUACAGGAGAUUUCAAGGACAGGAUCACAAGAGACUGCACACAGCUCCAGAGACUGCAGGGAGAAAAUCACAAGAGACUGCACACAGCUCCAGAGACUGCAGGGAGAAAAUCACAAGAGACUGCACACAGCUCCAGAGACUGCAGGGAGAAAAUCACAAGAGACUGCAGGGAGAAAAUCACAAGAGACUGCACACAGCUCCAGAGACUGCAGGGAAAAAAUCACAAGAGACUGCACACAGCUCCAGAGACUGCAGGGAUAAAUUCACAAGAGACUGCACACAGCUCCAGAGACUGCAGGGAUAAAUUCACAAGAGACUGCACACAGCUCCAGAGACUGCAGGGAGAAAUUCACAAGAGACUGCAGGGAGAAAAUCACAAGAGACUGCACACAGCUCCAGAGACUGCAGGGAAAAAAUCACAAGAGACUGCACACAGCUCCAGAGACUGCAGGGAGAAAAUCACAAGAGACUGCACACAGCUCCAGAGACUACAGGGAUAAAUUCACAAGAGACUGCACACAGCUCCAGAGACUGCAGGGAUAAAUUCACAAGAGACUGCACACAGCUCCAGAGACUGCAGGGAGAAAAUCACAAGAGACUGCACACAGCUCCAGAGACUACAGGGAUAAAUUCACAAGAGACUGCACACAGCUCCAGAGACUGCAGGGAAAAAAUCACAAGAGACUGCACACAGCUCCAGAGACUGCAGGGAGAAAAUCACAAGAGACUGCACACAGCUCCAGAGACUACAGGGAUAAAUUCACAAGAGACUGCACACAGCUCCAGAGACUGCAGGGAUAAAUUCACAAGAGACUGCACACAGCUCCAGAGACUGCAGGGAUAAAUUCACAAGAGACUGCACACAGCUCCAGAGACUACAGGGAUAAAUUCACAAGAGACAGCACACAGCUCCAGAGACUGCAGGGAGAAAAUCACAAGAGACUGCACACAGCUCCAGAGACUGCAGGGAGAAAAUCACAAGAGACUGCACACAGCUCCAGAGACUGCAGGGAGAAAAUCACAAGAGACUGCACACAGCUCCAGAGACUACAGGGAUAAAUUCACAAGAGACUGCACACAGCUCCAGAGACUGCAGGGAGAAAAUCACAAGAGACUGCACACAGCUCCAGAGACUGCAGGGAUAAAUUCACAAGAGACUGCACACAGCUCCAGAGACUGCAGGGAGAAAUUCACAAGAGACUGCAGGGAGAAAAUCACAAGAGACUGCACACAGCUCCAGAGACUGCAGGGAAAAAAUCACAAGAGACUGCACACAGCUCCAGAGACUGCAGGGAGAAAAUCACAAGAGACUGCACACAGCUCCAGAGACUACAGGGAUAAAUUCACAAGAGACUGCACACAGCUCCAGAGACUGCAGGGAUAAAUUCACAAGAGACUGCACACAGCUCCAGAGACUGCAGGGAUAAAUUCACAAGAGACAGCACACAGCUCCAGAGACUGCAGGGAGAAAAUCACAAGAGACUGCACACAGCUCCAGAGACUGCAGGGAGAAAAUCACAAGAGACUGCACACAACUCCUGAGACUGCAGGGAGAAAAUCACAAGAGACUGCACACAACUCCUGAGACUGCAGGGAGAAAAUCACAAGAGACUGCACAUAGCUCCAGAGACUGCAGAGAGAAAAUCACAAGAGACUGCACACAGCUCCAGAGACUGCAGGGAGAAAAUCCACAAGAGACUGCACACAGCUCCAGAGACUGCAGGGAGAAAAUCCACAAGAGACUGCACACAGCUCCAGAGACUGCAGGGAGAAAAUCCACAAGAGACUGCACACAGCUCCAGAGACUGCAGGGAGAAAAUCACAAGAGACUGCAAGGACAGGGUCACAAGAGACUGCACGUGGCACUAGAGACCUCGGGGACGGUAUCGGAGAGACGGUUGAGAAAUUGAAGCAGAGACAUCCCCGCCCCAUAGAGCGAUCAUUCCACCCAUCUACGGAGAGACCGCAUGGAGAAAGUGGGGGGAGGAGAGAGCGCGUCAUCACAAUAACAGCUGGAGACAUCCCAGUAUAAAUCAGGUGUGGAGAUGGUGACCGAAGAGGGGAGCGACUGGCUCACCCAACUCUUACGGGAGGUCCAACUUGAACAGUUCUACAAGAGUAUCCGCGAUGAGCUCAAUGUCACCCGACCGGGACACUUCGACUUUGUCAAACCUUUCGACUUGGACCAUAUCGGGAUGGGGAGACCAGCUCAGAGAAGACUCUUAGAAGCUUUAAAGCGAAGGAAGCCGCCCAUCCGCCCCAAAACAUGGAUGUACAAGAUGUUUGCAAACAGAGGCUCUGAGAGCCCCGAAUCACCCUCAGAUCUGGACUCCUCAUCUCCCCCCAACCUAUUGCCCUUUUCUGUGUCGCCCUCCUCCCAUCGUGGGGAAAGUGACUACUCCUUGAAGUGUCUGAUCAAUGACCGAGACCUGCACCUGAUGGAGCGUCUGGGGGAUGGUUGCUUUGGAGUGGUCCGUAGAGGAGAGUGGAGGAUUCCUGGUGGAAGGACAGUGAAUGUUGCUGUGAAAACCCUUCGUACAGAUGCCGGCUCUGACCCUGAAAUUCUUCAGGACUUCCUGCAAGAAGUGAAUUCCAUGUACGCCUUGGAUCACCAACAUCUCAUCCGACUCUACGGGGUGGUUCUGACCCAGCCAAUGAAAAUGGUCACAGAGUUGGCACCUCUCGGCUCUCUACACGAUGCUCUGCGUUCCCGCUAUGGAGCAUAUCCCCUGCAGCUCUUGUGGUCGUACUCCAUCCAGAUCGCCUCUGGAAUGAGCUACCUCGAAAGCCAGAAGUUCAUCCACAGGGACCUGGCAACACGGAAUGUCCUGCUCAUGAGCGAUGAGAUGGUAAAGAUCGGUGAUUUUGGCCUGACAAGAGCGCUGAGGGCGAACGAUGAACAAUACAUCAUGUCUGCUCGCCGCAGGAUACCCUUUGCAUGGUGUUCACCAGAAAGCUUGAAGAUCGGCACCUUCUCUCACUCAUCAGAUGUCUGGAUGUUUGGGGUCACCAUGUGGGAAAUGUUCACCUAUGGACAGGAGCCCUGGUUGGGCCUUGCUGGGAGACAGAUAUUAAUGAAGAUUGACCGAGAAGGAGAGCGAUUGGAACAUCCGGAUGAUUGUCCUCUCGCUUUGUACAACAUCAUGAUGAAGUGUUGGGCGCAAAAACCUGAACAGAGGCCAAAUUUCAGCACUCUCAUCAGCCUUCUCCAAGAUGUGAAACCACAAGAGGUCCGUGUUAUUCAAGAAGUGAACAAUCCCUCUUGGCUGCCCUUGGAUGUUGGGGACGUUGUCACCGUCAUUGAUGUUGGGUCGGACUCUCAGCCCUGGAGAGGACAGAAUCAGCGGACUGUUAGGAUUGGACCAUUCCCCUCUGCCGUCAUCUCCCCAGAGGACUUGUCACGCUCCCGAAACUCUAUCAGCUUGUCCACCAAUCUUGGGAAGAUCUCUCUUGUGGAUGUAGAAAAUAACAAAAGAAUCCGAGUAAAAGAAGGUCAAAGGAGAGCAGGAGGGGGCGCUGCUAGUCGUAUCAAAUCUGAGGAGACGAUGAUGCGUAUGCAACGUCUGUCUAGAAGUUUGGAGUCCCUCUCUGACUUUGACUUAAUGCACAGCAAGCCACAAAGCCACCACACACCCAAGCAACGUGGGCGAGAUCUGGAGAGCAUGACAUCGCCACCUCGCGAGCCAUCCCCAAGAAGAAUGAGCGACCUUCCACCACGGCGCAUGCUGGCCAACAUUCGACCCCUACCUCCUCCCAAGCCGAAAAUGUCGGCUCCUAAGGAUCGGUUCCUUGGCCCCCCUACAGUGGAUCACCCCAUACAACAGAUGAUUCGCAAUAAAGAUAAAUUCCCAUCUCCUUCGAUCCUGGUUCCAGGAGAGACGCACCCAGUCCCUCGUCUGCCGGCAGAAAGUAAAUCCGCGGGGUACAGAGCCAUUACUGCAGAAGCUGAGCUUCAAAAGAAGAUUAAAGAGGUGGAGGAGUGCGUACAUGGAGUGACCACAGAAGAGAGCCGCGAGGCUCUACGCAAUUUUGGAGGGGACGUAACACGGGCGGUGCAGUCUUUAAAGGUGGAGCAGCUGUACAACAUCUGCCGCUUCAGCAAGGAAGAAUGCCAACGCAUCCUGGAUAAAUGCAGGUGGAACCUGGAGUCGGCUUCCCGCUACGUUCUGCGGCGCCCACAACCUCACUGAUGGGACACUUGACAACUCCUGAUUGAAGAUUUUUCCUGCUCAGAGAGCAAUUUAAACGUGUUGUCCACACAGAACGGCACCAGAGGCUGCUGAGGAGUGCCUGGAUUGUCUGGAUGAUGGUUCUGUUUACUGGAAUUCCACAUCGGUGGGGAAUUAUGGACAAGGGCAGAAAUAUAUAAUCCUCUGUUGAAGGUCAUGAAGCAAUAGCCUGGAAUUGUGGGGGUGCUGGUUGCCUUUUCUUUUGAAUUCUGGACUUCUGAUGUCUCUUCAAAGCUUCAUGAUGCCAGCUGGUCUGGCUUGUAGCCACGGUGGAUAUUUAUUAACUCUUCAGUUUUGUGAAAUAGUAUGAAGGCUUUCCAAGACUAAUGGGGAGGAGGUGUUUUGGAUAAUACCCAAUGUAGACCUGACAUCUUCUACCAUGGACAAUGGAUGGUACCCAAUGUAGACCUGACAUCUUCUACCAUGGACAUUGGAUGGUACCCAAUGUAGACCUGACAUCUUCUACCAUGGACAAUGGAUGGUACCCAAUGUAGACCUGACAUCUUCUACCAUG